GUUAUACUCGCCUACGUAGUACGUUGCCAAGCUAUGUAAUUUUGCUAGUUUUCGACAUGCAAUGCAACACGGUUGGAUACAAAUUACCAUUGAUUUGAAAUUAUUAAUUGAUUGAUCGGGUCAAUACAAUUACAGCUAGUUAGAAAUUAACUGAGCUAGUUAUUUAUAAGCAUUUUGUCGGAGGAUUCACUCCAACAGUGAUUCCAUUAAACUGUUAGAGAUGCUCAUUACAGUCCAGUAGAUUUUGAUAAAUAGUGCCAUUUAUUUAAAACGAUAGGUAUAAAAGAGUUAAAUACUGUUUAUUUCUUGUCGCAUACCACAAAAUAAUUCCAUAUGUUUUCAGGAAAUGCCUCGAGUUCGACGAUGUACAUAUUCACAUGAACUUAAACUUCCCAACAUUAGGUUGAUUUCGAGGCAAAAUUCACCAAGAUAUGGAAAAUUUCUUGAACACUUCCACUUGCUUCUGAAAAAUGCAUUUAUAAUGUCCACAGAUGUUUCCUCAGGAUACGAUCAUUUAGAAUGCGAAUCUGUUGUAUCUACAGACGCUUCUAUCAGAACAGAUAAUCUAACAGUUGAAAGACAUGCAUCAAAUCUGACAAAUUCAUAUGAUAAAAUGAAACACCCAGGAUUAACACCUUCAAUAACGGCUUAUCGAUGGAUUACAUCGCAACCAAGCUUGCCAAAAGGAGUAUUUAGUAAAAUUGAAUCUGAAACUAUAGCACAAUGGCUAAGUGUUGGUACAACAGAUGAUUGGUUAAGACAUAUCCCGAAAUGUUCGAUAGGCAGAUAUGAUAAAAAUUCUUUGAAAAAUUGGAAAGCUGAUUAUCUAAAACAACCACAUUCAUCUGAUAAAGACAGAUUUAUUACAUUAUAUUCAAUUAGUUAUGAAGCCAAGCAGUUGGAUGAGCAAACUAAGAUUAGGCCUACAUCUACUAAUCGCCGAAAUAAGCCACAACUGUCAAGAUAUGUAUGUACUCAAAUCCUAUUAUUAAAUUUUGCUUUGCAUUGCUGCACCCUUAUGGAAUUUGACUACAUAUUUGCUCGUACAUACUUAUUCGCCUCUCUGCACCAAAUUCGUUUGAUAUGCUUCUAACUUCGUGGUCCGCGCUGUUCGCUAAUAAACUGUAGUUGCCUCUUCUCUUAGCCUUUUGAUUUUAAACACCGUUGAGAUUUAUGUUAUAACGGUUAUCGAGGUGAGCGGUUAGCGAAGCAAAGUCACUACAGGUUUAUGAUCCCAAUGAAAUUCAAUAAUAUCUACAACCCCAUACUGAAAAUUAACUAAAUUCAGACCAUAAAAUAUAGAGUAUUGUAUGCCUCAAAAGGGUUUAUUAGAAGAAACAAUUGAUGAAAAAUUAUGUUGUUUAUGGAUAUUGUUGUUGACAAACGACAAUUAAAUGUUAUGGUGAAAGUUAUAUACAUAUAUAGUCUUCAACCUUAAAAAUUGAAUUAAAAAAUAUCUCUUAGCCAAACCAUCCUGUUGUUUAAAUUUCUCAACAGGCACUUACCAUUUAUGUUUUUAUUUUGCAAUUGGUUUCACAACUGGAAUUUUAUUUGACAUCGACUAUGUAGAUGGAGCAUCAAAUACACUUGAAAACCCACUUAAACUACGCCCAUUUAUAUUAAAUACCUUAGAUGCGACAAUAUUGAACGGAAAAUAUCCUAGAUGAAAGACUUCUAAAUAUGAUGACAACUACCAGUUUGAAUCAGGAUGUACGUCUUCAAAGUAAGUUUCCAUAUAGGUCCAAGCUUCAGAUGGCUCCUGUGUAAGACUGGACCUUAGUCAGUAUAACUUUUUGAAGACUAAUUCUGAUGCAUUAACAAUACUCUUACUCUCAUUUUUUAUACAUUUACGAGAUAUUUUUCUAAGAUAUUCAUAUAUCUUUGUGUUAAUGAACAUCUAUGGUGUGUCUAUUUUUGCAUUUAGGCUCUUCCUCAAUUUUCAUGUA